AUGGGUCCUUCCGGCGUGAUAAGUAGCAAAUGGCUACAUAAGACUUCAACACCUCCUCCGUCCGAUUCAUCAACUCAUUCACUCUCCGAAUUUCUCCAUCGUAUACAUCCGUUUCAUCUAUACCUGCUUUUUUACAAUUCAAUUUUUUUCCCUAUGUCAACUCCAAUUUAUUUUAUUGCAGCCGAAGGGAUUGUCCGAAUCGGACACCUUCAUCCCGCGAAUCCUAUUAUUGCCCACGAGCCAGAUGUAUUAAAGAUGUGUGCUGAUGAUUUGAAAAAGAGAAAUAUUCUACCUCAAAACUAUAGUCUAAACGUUUUUACAAUGGAAAGCUGCAACAAAUUUUCUGGCGUUGAGCAUGCCGCUUUUCUGCACUAUAUCAAAAAUGCUUCUGUUUAUUUUGGACCAGGGUGUAAUAAUGAAAUGCUAGUGAUUGGCCGACUAGCGCCUAGAUGGAACGUUCCAAUUAUUGCUCACAUGUCCGGAGACGACGCGCUUUCUGAUCGGGUUCAAUUUCCAACACUUGGGUCUGUGGCGCUAACGUCGGCUAGUGAAAUGGCAAAGGCUACCGUAACCUAUCUUAACUUGAACAAUUGGGAUCAGAUUGGAAUAGUGAGACCGAGCACUGGGUAUGAGAGGCUAUCUGUAUACUCGCUCCAGCACCAAAUCAAGAAACGCGAUAUCAAUCUUAAUGUCCUCAUUGACAUCGAACCAUUCAGCUCGCCAGAAGAAAUUAUCGCUUCUGGCAAGCUCACAACUCUUCGCAACCAGGCUAGAAUCGUUGUCGUAGAACUUGGUAUGGACAUCCACACGGUCACAAACUUCAUGUUGGCCGUGCACAGAGCUGAGAUUAAAAGCGAGGAGUUUGUGUUUGUAAUCCCAUGGUUGAUUUCCUCUACCGUAAUCCAUCCUGAAUUUUUUCAGCAAAACGAUCAUUAUCCGUGGGAAGCGACUAAUGUGGAUAAACAGGAAGUAAAAUCCGCUUUUGAGAAUACCAUUAUAAUAACAGCACAUGGCUAUGAUAAGAAAUUUUUUGACGAGUUCCAAUUGAAAUUCAGUACAGCUACUGGAGUGCUUGCCAAUCACAUACAGCCCAACAAUAUGCCACAUUAUCCUAUAUGUCAUUAUAUGAUGCUCUGUUUCUUUAUGGCUGAUGGUGGUGGCUAUAACGUUCACAUGAAUGGUUCCUUAUUAUGGUCGCGAAUGACGAAUCGACAAUUUAUUGGGAUGACCGGUCAAGUUUUGAUGAACAAUAAGGCUAUCAGAGUUCCAUCCUAUGCCACGUAUCAUGCCAUCAAUGGAACGUUGAAGGUUAUUGUAGUGGAGCUAGGAGCCAAACUCAACGACCGUGGUGCUUGUGAGAAAAACGAGGACAUGUGCUCAGAGCAUGUUGCUCAUGAAACUAUUCAGUAUUAUUGGCCAUCGGACAGUGGAAAACUGCCACCUGCAGUUCCAAAAUGUGGAUUCACAGGAGCUGACUGUGAUUAUAGACCCUAUUUUAUUGGAAUCAGUUUGAUUGCGUUUAUUCUGACUGUUGGACCACUCUCCUAUUUCAUCUUCCUGAAACAGAAAGAACGGCUACUGUAUGAUAUGACAUGGAGAAUUCCCAGAGAGUCGAUCAAACUACUAGAAGGAAAAUCUGUGGGUUUUAACCUAUACAUCUUAUGUUUUCGGUAUGAUUUUCAGAGAUCCGAGCACUCUCUAGCCAGUAAAUCGCAAAGUUCUGGAUCCUUCUCAGGUAGUAUGAAUUCUAAGCAAAAUGGCCUGAUAGCAGCAAAACAGGCUGUCUCCAAUGGUGUUAAGCUUGCGAUAAAGCGCUACCAACAAGUUCGGAACAUCACAUUUCCCAAAUCGGAGCUCAAACUUUUGAAAGAGCUCAAGAUAUUGGAAAAUGAUAAUUUGAACAAGUUCUACGGCAUCUCGUUUAACCAACAAAACGAGUUUAUUGUCAUGUGGGUGCUUUGUUCUCGUGGUAGUUUGGAGGAUAUUUUAUUCAACGACGAACUAAAACUGGGCAGAAAUUUCCAAGUCUCGUUUGCCAAGGAUGUUGUCAAGGGCUUGAACUUUUUGCAUACUUCACCGCUUUUGCACCAUGGAAUGUUAUGCCUUCAAAAUUGCCUUGUGGACUCUAACUGGACCGUCAAGCUGACAAAUUUUGCUACAGAGCAGAUCAUUUUUGAAAAACUAGACCAUAACGAGCUUCGACCAUUUGUCAACGCAGAUAGUGAAUCCGCAGAAGACGUUCCAGACCCAACCAAAGAUUUUGCAAGGAAAAAAUACCUCCAACAAGCUCCUGAAAUCAUUAGGGAAAUUGUAACAACUAAAGUGAUACCAGAUGGGAGUCAAGCUGCCGAUAUCUAUGCUCUGGGCAUGGUCCUGUACCAAAUUCUGUUCCGAGUCGAGCCAUUCCAUGAAAGAAACAAGAGCAUCAAUAGUAAGCCAGCUUUUCUUUUUCAAAAUUCUAUUUUCCGGUUUCCAGAGCUAAUGGAAAUGUUGGCUAUGGCCAAUGACGACGAUCAGUUGAUUCGUCCCACUUUCCCGUCAUCCAAUACAGGAGAAGGGUAUAAUUUGCAGGUAACCUAUCAUUAUUUUCUAUUUUCUUUACUAUCCUGUAUUGAGGCCUGUUGGCUAGAGAUUCCAGAGAUGAGACCACCAAUCAAAAAAGUGAGGACUAUGGUGAAUGCAAAUUUGAAAUCCACUGGAAAAGGAUCACUGGUAGAUCAAAUGAUGAAAAUGAUGGAGGAGUACACUGCCAACCUAGAGAACAUGGUCCGUGACCGUACAGCAUUAUUGGAGGAGGCGCAAAAACAAGCAGAUCGUCUGUUGAAUAGCAUGCUACCCAAAUCCAUCGCUGAAGAUCUGAAAGUGGGAAAGCCAGUUCUACCACAGUUGUAUAGUUGUGCUACCGUACUUUUCUCGGAUAUCCGUGGAUUUACAAGAAUAUCAUCGACAUCUACGCCUCUUCAGGUGGUCACAUUCUUGAACGACAUGUUCAGUGGUUUCGAUGCAAUUAUAGCAAAACACGAUGCUUAUAAAGUGGAGACUAUUGGAGAUGCUUAUAUGAUUGUGUCUGGUGUCCCCACGGAAAAUGGUAACAAUCAUGCACAGAAUAUUGCUGAUGUCGCUCUUAAAAUGAGAGCAUUCAUUUGCAAUUUCAAACUAGCGCAUCGGCCAGAGGAGCUAAUGAUGGUCAGAAUCGGUUUCCAUAGUGGACCUGUGGCAGCUGGCGUUGUUGGCCUCGCUGCGCCCCGUUACUGUCUUUUUGGAGAUACUGUGAAUACAGCAUCCCGGAUGGAGAGCACUGGAGUAGCUAAUAAAAUUCAGAUAUCCGAAGGAGCGUAUAAUCUUCUUCAUUGCUUCUUCCCGCAAUUCCAAAUGGUGGAAAGGGGGAAGAUUGAAGUGAAAGUGAGUAGAUUUAUGGUUUUGUUGAUUUCAAGAAAUCAAUUAAUUUUCAGGGAAAAGGAGAGUGCCUGA